AUGACGGACCUCCAAAGCCAGUACCACGCCGCGGGCCAGGGCCAUGUGUUUGCGUUCUGGGACAAGCUCUCGCCUGCUGAGCAGGGCGAGCUGACUGAGCAGCUCGAGAAGAUCGACCCGGCGCGCAUCAACGACACGGUCAAGGCCGCGCUCGCCGCCGACGAGGCCGCGCGCAACGAGAAGCAGGCCAAGGUCGAGGCGCCGCCCAAGGACAGCAUGGUCUCGACUGUGGGCGACGCGGCCGCCGCGGACAAGUACCGUGAGAUUGGUCUCGAGGCGAUCGGCAACGGCGAGGUCGGCGUGCUGCUCCUCGCCGGCGGCCAGGGCACGCGUCUCGGCUCGUCGGCGCCCAAGGGCUGCUUUGACAUCCAGCUGCCGAGCCACAAGAGCCUCUUUCAGCUGCAGGCCGAGCGCAUCGCCAAGCUCCAGGAGCUUGCGGCAAAGAAGUCGGGCAAGCAGGUCGUCGUGCCGUGGUACGUCAUGACCUCGGGCCCGACGCGCAAGCCGACCGAGGCGUUCUUUGCGGAGCACAACUUCUUUGGCCUCGACAAGGCAAACGUCGUCUUCUUUGAGCAGGGCACGCUCCCGUGCAUCUCGAAUGAGGGCAAGAUCAUGCUCGACGCGCCGUCGCGCGUCGCCACCGCGCCGGACGGCAACGGCGGCAUCUACGCGGCGCUCCGUGCGCCGCUCGCCAAGGGCUCGGACGCGAGCGUCGUGUCGGACCUCGCGAAGCGCGGCGUAAAGUACGUGCACGCGUACGGCGUCGACAACUGCCUCGUCAAGGUCGGCGACCCCGUGUUUAUCGGCGUCUGCCUCGAGAAGCAGGUCGGCGCGGGCGUCAAGGUCGUCCAAAAGACCGACCCGGCCGAGUCGGUGGGCGUCGUGGCGCAAAAGAAUGGUGCGUUCAGCGUCGUGGAGUACUCCGAGAUUCCCAAGGAGCUCAGCGAGGCGCGCGACGAGUCGGGCGAGCUGGCGCUGCGUGCGGCCAACAUUGCCAACCACUUCUACACGGUCGACUUCCUCGCGCAGCAGGUGCCCUCGUUCGAGGCCAAGAUGGCGUACCACAUUGCGCGGAAAAAGAUUCCCACCAUCGACCUGCAGACCGGCGAGCGCGUCAAGCCGGACACGCCGAACGGCAUCAAGAUGGAGCUGUUCAUCUUUGACGUGUUCCCCUUCUGCGACAAGCUCGCCAUCCACGAGGUCGAGCGCAAGGAGGAGUUCUCGCCGCUGAAGAACGCGUCGGGCACCGCGUCGGACAACCCCGAGACGUCGCGCCGCGAUUUGCUUGCGCAGCAGCGCCGCUGGCUCGAGCACGCUGGCGCGACGGUCAAGGGAGACGUCGAGCUCUCGCCCAAGGUGACGUACGCGGGCGAGGGUCUCGAGGCCGCCAAGGGACGCUCGUUUGACAAGACGGAGAAUGUCGAGUCGCUCUAA